UACCAGCCAUCAGUAUUAAAUUUUUGCUAAAAGCUAUAAGAUAUACGAGGAGGAUAAUAUGGGAUUUACUGUUCACUUUAAUGUACUUUUCGUUCUGCUGCUAAUGGACUUGGGACAACCCAACAGUGAACAUGAAGAUUAUAUUGAUCCUGAAGAGCCGCCAGAUGAUCAUUUAACACGGCCUGAUAUGGAAUACGUUGAUGGCGAUAAUGAAGUGAAAACCUCGUUUGAUUAUCAUAACGAAAACCAGGAUCAUUUAACAAUUGAUCAACCAGAUCCUCAAAACGAAACAUUAGCUGAUAUUAAUAUCGAAACGUAUGAUGAUCAUCUAACAACUGAAUUUGAAGAUCUUUAUGAUCGCAUAUUAGAUGUCUUAAGUCCGAAAAUGCCAAACGAGGAUCAAGAAGAUCAAAAUUUAAAUCAAGAUUUAAGUUAUCACAACGAUCCAGAUCCAGAUGAUGAAUACGAAAUUGAAGAUCGAAUAGUGCGUUAUGCGAUGCAUCAAUGGCAUGAAGAAAUUUAA